AUGGAAGACCCUGCAGGAGGGCAGACUGGUACCGGAGACGCGGAUCUCAUGGACAGAAUCAGAGAGCUUGAGGAGGACUUAACUAGGACUCAAGAAGAGCUCGCAAGAAUCACAUCAACUGAUGAUGAAGCAGCUCAAGAAGCAACUGACAAUGAUGGCCCACCAAGCGAUGAUCCAGAUGGUGAAAUGGCUUACAAACUUGCUGAGUUGGUUGCCGCAUCAGUGACUAAGGUGCUGAAGGGAGAUGUGAAUCAACACUCAUCUACUCCGAUCACUGCUCCUAUCAUGGCAACAGUCAAGCUGGCAGCCAAGUAUGACAGCUGGGACAAUGAGAAUGACUACAGCUUUCGCACUCACCUAUUGGACUGCAUUGACCCGGAGCUACAUGAAGCAGUGUCUGGAAUCCAGGACAUCGGUGAUCACAGUCUUGUUACCUGGAUCAAACUCGUUCAACAAUGGUCCAUUCUGACUGCUGAAAAAUCCCACAAAAUCAUCAGUGAAGUCAAUGCAUUCACUCUGCAGCAGUGUCCAGCAUUGGACAUGUCAUUGGGAAUUCAACAGCUUCGCCCAAGAAUCCAAGCCCUUUGUGAUACACGGGACUAUGACCCAAAGCUUCUCUACACCUUUCUUGAGAGUUUGCAUGGUGCCUAUCCAGUUGACAACAAACAUCAUCUUGAAUGGUGGACCAUGAUUUUGGAUCGGAUCCUCACUCCAUUGAAGAAGGCUUACAAGCAGUGCAAGGAAGAGAAGUUCUUGAAUGGUUUCGACAUUGAGCUCUUCCUCUUGAGAGAGACACGCGAGGAUGGGCCGUGCAAAGGUUUGGAUCAUAAGAGCAUUUUGGACACUCUGUUGGAGUAUUACAUGAUUGCAGUGAAUGAGGAGAAAUGGCCAGCCACAUCAGGACCCCAGGACUCAGGCAGUGCUCCCAUGUCCUUUGGUUCCUCCUCUGUCCAUCAUACCACUGUUGAGACCACUCUUGCAACCAAGGCAGACGUCCAUGCCUUGAUCCAACGCCUGGACAACAUUGGACAGCGCAAACCCAUGGGUGGCUUUGGAGACAACCAGGGUGGCAAGGUCUGCUGGAAUUGUGGUUCCUCUGGCCACUUGUCCAACUCCCCUGACUGCCCCAAGAACCAGGCUCACCGCGCUCCAACUCCCCAGACCUCCAACAGAGGCUUCAAGAAAGGACAACCCAAGAUGACCUGGAAACGCAUUCCCCCUAAGGAUGGUUAG